CAAAAUUUCUCGUUAGACCAGAGAUUCAAAACAUCGUCGAGAAAUGGCGUGCUCAAUUAGUAGUAACCCUCUCCAGUGUUACUCUGAAACGCUGCGUUUUUCUCCCCGACAACGACAAUGCUGCCGCGUAAAGCCUAAUCUUUCCUCUCUUUUCUCCUUUAGUUCCUCCCCAAACCUUCUCUCUCAGACACUGGGUGCUUCUCCUUCGUCUCUUCCCCGGCGGAAUAUUGCAAAAAUGGCGGCGUCGGAAGGGUCGAUCAUCGGAAGCAAUAGGAUGCUGGUGUUCGUGCCACCACAUCCUUUGAUCAAACACUGGAUCUCUGUCUUGAGAAACGACCAAACUCCUUGUCCUAUUUUCAGGAAUGCAAUAGCUGAACUAGGGAGACUGUUGAUGUAUGAAGCAUCUCGAGAGUGGCUGCCAACUGUUGUUGGAGAAAUAAUGUCUCCAAUGGGUGCUGCUUCUGUUGAAUUCAUUGAUCCUAGAGAACCUAUAGCGGUUGUUCCGAUAUUAAGAGCUGGUCUUGCACUUGCGGAACACGCAUCAACAGUUCUGCCUGCAAAUAAAAUAUAUCAUUUAGGAAUAAGUCGGGACGAGGAAACCCUUUUGCCUUCGGUGUAUCUUAACAAGCUGCCUGAUGAAUUUCCCGAAAAUUCGAGAGUGUUUUUGGUGGACCCAAUGCUUGCUACAGGUGGUACCAUAAUUGCAGCGAUGGAUCUGUUGAAGGAACGUGGUUUGUCUGUUCAGCAAAUCAAAGUGAUUUGUGCGGUGGCUGCACCUCCUGCACUAUCUAAGCUUAAUGAGAAAUAUCCCGGGCUUCAUGUGUAUACUGGAAUCAUCGAUCCUGAAGUCAAUGAAAAGGGGUUCAUUAUCCCUGGGCUUGGAGACGCUGGAGACCGCAGUUUUGGGACAUGAAAACAAAUUUGAGGUUUUGGUUAAGCUUUUGAUAAAGUGAUUCUUGUUCUCAGGUUUGGAGGUUUAUGAUGUAAGAAAUCACAUUGGAGGAUAUGAGUUCCUGAUUAUUACGAAACAAAGAAGAAACUUGUAAACACUAGUUUUGCUUCGUCAAUGAUUUGUAGGUCGUUUGCUAGUGAAACAACGUUAUCAACAAAACUUUUUUUUUUGUGAAAAAUAUUUGUACGAGAAAAUCAAGGGAGAAUUUCAAUUUUACCACAAGUGUG